GCAUUGCACUUUUUUUUCCUUUCAGGAACGUGUUCGGGCCCGCGGCAGGGGGCGGGGUCGCGCCUCCGCCUCGGCUCUGGUUCCAGCCGAGCCUCACUGACGCCGAGAUGGAAAUCCCGAGGCUGCUCCCGGCUCGCGGGACACCACAGGGCGGCGGCGGCGGCGGCGGCGGCUGCUGCCCCGCGGGUGGCGGCGGGGUCCACCGAGCCCCGGACGCUCUGGCUUGUCAGGCCCCCACGCGCCGCCUCCUACUGCUCCGGGGGGCCCAAGAUGGCGGGCCGGGGCCGCGGAGCGCAGAGGCCCAGAGGGCCUCCCGGGGCCUGGGCCCGAGCCCCAACCGGUUGGCGCCGAGGCCGGAUAACCGGAGCGGAGGCGGAGGCGGCGGAGUUGGCGGCGGCGGCGGUGGUGGCGGCGGCGGCGGCGGCGGCGGCGGCAGCAGCAGCAGCAGCAGCAGCAGCGGCGGCGGAGGUGGUGGAGGAGGAGGCGGAGGUGGAGGAGGAGGAGGCGGCGGCGGCGGCGGCGGCGGUGGCGGCGGCGGCGGCAGCGGCAGCGGCGGCGGCGACGACUUCUUCCUGUUGCUGCUUGACCCGGUGGGUGGCGAUGUAGAAACAGUGGGCACGGAGCAGGCCGGAGGGCCCGUGUGGAGGGAGGAGGCCGAGGCAGGCCCGGGGCCCGAGCGGCGCCAGAGCGGCGUGAACCCAGCGGCCCGGCCCAAGCCGGGCCCCCGCUGCCUGUCGGCGGUCCCGGCUGUGUCCCCGCUUCCCGCGGCCGGCCCGGGCCCCGGCGCGGGCCCGGGCCCUGCGGCGGCGGCGGCGGCGGCCUUCGCGGGCACCAUCACUAUCCACAACCAGGACUUGCUGCUGCGCUUUGAGAACGGCGUCUUCACCCUGACCACGCCCCCGCUGCCCGCCUGGGAGCCGGGGGUCGCGCCGUUCCCGCAGCCGCAGCCGCAGCCGCAGCCAGGGGCACUGAUCGCCCCGCAGGCCGCCGGGUUUCCGCCCGCCGCCGCCACCGCCGCCGCCUCCUCGGCGCAGCUGGGCGACUGUCCCGAGCUGCCACCGGACCUCCUGCUGGCGGAGCCGGCGGAACCCGCGGCCGGCCCGGCGCCUCCGGAGGAGGAGGCCGAGGCCCCGGCCGCCGCCCAGAGCCCCCGCGGGCCUGUGGUCCCGGGCCCGGGCGUGGUGCUGUACCUGUGCCCCGAGGCGCAGUGCGGACAGACCUUCGCCAAGAAGCACCAGCUGAAGGUGCACCUGCUGACGCACAGCAGUAGCCAGGGCCAGCGGCCCUUCAAGUGCCCCCUGAGCGGCUGCGGCUGGACCUUCACCACGUCUUACAAGCUCAAGAGACACCUGCAGUCGCACGACAAACUGCGGCCAUUUGGCUGCCCGGUGGAGGGCUGUGGCAAGAGCUUCACCACCGUGUACAACCUCAAGGCGCACAUGAAGGGGCACGAGCAGGAGAACUCCUUCAAAUGCGAGGUGUGUGAGGAGAGCUUCCCCACGCAGGCCAAGCUCAGCACCCACCAGCGCAGCCACUUCGAGCCCGAGAGGCCUUACCAGUGUGCGUUUUCUGGCUGCAAGAAGACGUUCAUUACUGUGAGUGCCCUGUUUUCUCACAACCGCGCCCAUUUCAGGGAGCAGGAACUCUUUGCCUGCUCUUUCCCGGGCUGCAGCAAGCAGUAUGACAAGGCUUGCAGGCUCAAGAUCCACCUGCGGAGCCACACUGGGGAGAGGCCUUUCCUCUGCGACUUUGAUGGCUGUGGCUGGAACUUCACCAGCAUGUCCAAACUCUUAAGGCACAAGAGGAAGCACGAAGACGACCGCAGGUUCACCUGUCCCGUGGAGGGCUGUGGGAAGUCCUUCACCAGGGCCGAGCACCUGAAAGGCCACAGCAUAACCCACCUGGGCACGAAGCCUUUCGUGUGCCCCGUGGAAGGCUGCUGUGCCAGGUUCUCUGCUCGCAGCAGCCUCUACAUCCACUCCAAGAAGCACUUGCAGGACGUGGGUGCUUGGAAAAGCCGCUGCCCGGUGCCCACCUGUAACAAGCUCUUCACGUCCAAGCACAGCAUGAAGACCCACAUGACCAAAAGGCACAACCUCAGCCAGGACCUCUUGGCCCAGCUAGAAGCUGCCAACUCUCUCACCCCCAGCAGUGAACUCACCAGCCAGGGGCCGAACGAUCUCAGUGGUGCCGAGCUAGUGUCUCUGUUCUCCGAUGUGCCUGGCCACAGCUCUGCUGCGGUGCUGGACACGGCCCUGGUCAACUCUGGCAUCUUGACCAUUGAUGUGGCCUCUGUGAACUCGACCCUCGCAGGAGGUCUCCCUGCCGAAAAUAGCAACAGCAACCAUUCCUUGGGGCAAGCGGUGGACCCUCGGGCCUUGAGGGGGCCCCCCAGUGACCUUCCCCAGAGUCUGGAUACCUCUCUCUUCUUCGGAACCACCUCCUCCUCGGUGGCUGGCUAUCAGCACAGCCCCUUGGACAUGGACGAUGUCUCUGCUGGGAAUGUGGGGCUCUUUGGCUCCUUGGCUCUGAAAAACUCAAGCCUGGAGCCCCAGGCUUUGACACCCAGCAAUAAGUUGACCGUGGACACGGAAGCUCUGACUCCCUCCAGCACCCUCUGUGAAAACAGUGUCUCCGAGCUACUGACCCCAGCCAAAGCCGAUUGGAGCAUGCACCCCGAAUCUGACUUCUUUGGGCACGAGGAAGAAACCCAGUUCGGAUUCUCCCAUACGACAGGAAGCCAUGGUUCUCAGAAAGAGACAGAUCUUAUCACGGUGACUGGCACCCCGUUUUUGGUAUGAACCGACUCUGCCUGUUCCCUGCCUGCCUCGUGGCUCAACUUUUUUUUUUUUUUAAUCACACUCAAAUGUGAGAAUGUUCUGGAAGGAGUGCUUGCUUGAGUGGCCUGCCUGCAGUUCUUUCUUGCUGCCUUGCGAAGGAACGCAUCUGUGGACUAUCGAUUUAGGGAUUUCAGGUCUCAUCUUGAGUCUGAACUGAGGAGUUCUCUGACUGAGCAAGUCUCUUAACCUAGCUGAGCCUUAAUCCAUUAUUUAUAAAAAUAGUUUUUUUUGUCUAGCUUGUUUCCUUUUCCUUAUCAACUGCAUUUCCAUUUUUUUUUACUUCGGUGUAAUUUUUAAGCGCAUUUUAUAGUAUUUACAUAUUCUAAUGUAAUGAAAAGGACUUUGGUCCCUUUGAGCAUUAAAUGAUCAAAGAUAGAAGAACUCGUGUUUUAACUUUUAACAUUAGUCUUACCUCGUUUUCACAGUAUCCAUUGUAUCAGUAGACUGCAAAAAUGUUGAAUAAUAUGUGGUUUUUGAUCUUUUGUCAAGUCUUCUUAUGUUGUCUUUCUGUAGAGGUCUUGUUUUUGUUUUGAAAAAUAUCAGGGAUUUGAUGUGUUCCAAGUAUAUUCUAAAAUAUUGCCUCAUUAACAUUGAACAAGUGGCCUUAUAUUAGUCAUUUAAUCUUGCCAAGCCUUACUUUGCUAACUUUACAAUGGCGAUAGCAAUGCACAUUAUUCUCAUGCAUAAUGGAUCUUUUUAUGCUUGGGAUUGUUACUGAAGGGAAAAUAUUAUAUGUUUUGGCUUUUCUGAAUCUUCUUUAGUUUUUUUGCCUCCUUGUUUCUCCUCUUUAAGUUGUAGAGUACACAAGGUAGCAGACACAUAAUAUAGUUUUCAGCCAAUAAAAGUUUAUAAGUAUUAUGCAUAUAUGGGGAUUUACUCUUUCCACAGUUUCUUGAGGAAUUUUUCUCUACAGAGUUCUCAUUUAACCUGGUUCAUAGUUCCAUUCAUCCAAUUAACUACUGUCUGCCCUGGAUCAAAGCCAGCUCUUGGCCUGACUCUACUAUUCCGAUAGGAUUUGGAAAUGGACCAGAAGGUAAUAUUCAUUUCUUUUUCCUGGUGACCUCAUUUGUAUCCCUCUCUGCAAUGAGAAGGUUUUCUAUGUAUUUUGAAAUAGAAAUAUUGUCAAUCCUAGCAUGAGUGUAGCAUUUUAUGAUUUAUAUAGAAAUUUCAUAUCUAAUAUAUUUGAUCAUCAUAAUCUUGAUGAGUAUAAACUUCAACUGAUAUUAAAACUUUCCUGAUGUAAAUUGAUUUUAUUUGAUAAUUAUCUCUAUAUGCAUAGUUCAAAUCAAAGAGGAAAUAUUUCUACCUCUCCCAUUCUGCUGUUCUGAAUUCCAUAAUCAUUUUGUUUAUGAGCAUUCCUUUCGGUCUACCCAAGGAAAUUGUUGUUCCCUUCUGCUUUUUCUGCUCCCACCAUUACUACUCCUUGAUAUAUGCACACCAGUGUGUGCCGUGCCUCUACUUUUUUCUCUAAUUUUUUCACUUCUUUUUGUUCACAUGAUCUAUUUUUUAAUCAGAAUAAUUACUACAGUCUGGAUGCACCAAGAUGGUAUCUUCUGGAUUCAGAUAACAAGUGUGUUUACAAAAGACAGAUGUUAAUGGGGACAUUUCUUCCUAUAUGAUCUGACGACAAGUACCUCUUUAAAUUUGUUUGCCAUGUUUUCUACUAGAAAAUAGUUAUUUUGAAAUACUCAAAUUCAGUACUCUUUUUAUGAGGACACUUGAAGACAACUCUUUUUUAUGGUACCUUUGCAAUAUAUAACUUGCCACUUUGAAAUACAUUAUGUACUACCUUUACGAUUUUUAAAUUGGAUGAACCUGUUCAGUUAAAAGGCAAAAAAGUACACAUUGACUUUUAAAGAAGUAUUCAGAAUUUUAGUGUGUCCAGGCAUCAAGAAUAUUACUGACUUAGCACUUUGAAAAGAUUUUUAAAGACUGUUUGAAAUGCAUUUUCUUGAGGUAACAUUUCUCAUUUUAUUUUACAAGGAAUUCAAAGACCUGAGAUAAACACCAACUUCAUAAGCAUUUAUUAAGAUACAUAACUAUAAAGGUAUUUUAAACUGUCACUUCAUUUCUUUUAAAUUUCCUCCAACUAGAGAUUAUACUAAAAUAUACUUAUCUGUAGUCUAUAGAAUUUCCAAAGUAUAAAUUUUAAUUUCUUGAUGAUAAAAAAUCCUGGUUUUGUCUUUAUGAUUUCCCUCCAUACCAUUGCCCUAGCAUGAUGGGGUAAUGACUGUAAUCAGUGACUACAUGUGACUACACACAUAACAACCAUACUUGUGUUGAUAUAAAUUUGACAUUUU